AUGAGACAGAAAAAGAAAGAGACAAAAGGAGACAGAAAGGAGACAAAAGAGAGACGACAAAGAAGAAAGGAGAGAGAGAGAGAAAAAAAGAGAAAAGCAGACAGAGAGAGAAAGAAAAGAGAGAGAGAAAAGGAGACAGAGAGAGAGAAAAAAAAAAGAGAAAAGGAGACAGAGAGAGAAAGAAAAAAAGAGACAGAAAAGGAGACAGAGAGAGAAAGAAAAAAAGAGACAGAAAAGGAGACAGAGAGAGAAAGAAAAAAAAAAGAGAGACAGUUGACCUUGGGUGUUUCUUUCUUUGUUUUCUUUCUUCUUGCUGCAGCAGCAGCAGCUCUCGGCGUCUCCUUUCUGUCUCCAACAAAGACAAAGCAGCAUCGACAUCUGCUGCAGUGUAGCCCGGGAACAGCACCCGCAGCUGCUGCUGUGUUAUUGUUGCUGCGGAGACACCCCGCGGGGGGGACGCAGCAGACACCGACACACGCACUGGCUCCCCACAAGCAGCAGCAGCAGCAGCAGGAGCAGCAGCAGCAGCAGCAGGAGUAG